UUCAAGAGUUAAAAAAAAGUCAUAGAAAUUCUCAGAUACGUUGAAAUGGUUCGAUUUUCUAAGACAAAGUGCUUGCAGUGUGUUGGAAAAUGUGUUUUACUAUUUGGACUACUAACACUGAUUGCAGUCUUAAUGCUGGUGCAUAGAAACCACAAAUGCAGUGUGAAACAUUUCCAAGAAGAAUCUAUUUUUCGUUUCAGUACAAAAUGCAGGACUGAGUUUUAUGAGCAUUUCCACCUAACUUCAAGGAAUUCAGAUAAGUGUUCUAGUAUAAUACAGGGGGACCCUGAAGCUGUUGAACUGACACGUCUGGAAAGAAUUCUCAGAAACAAGCAAUCAGCUGUAAAUGAAUCUGUUUACUUGAAUAUGACACAAGAUUGCUACUAUUUUAAAACUUCACAGAAAUAUAUCACUUUUCCACUCAGCAGAGAAGAAGAAGAUUUUCCCAUUGCAUAUUCAAUGGUUAUACAUGAAAACAUUGAAAUGUUUGAACGACUUUUAAGGGCUAUUUAUGCUCCACAGAAUAUCUACUGCAUCCAUGUAGAUAAAAAAUCUCCAAAACAAUUUAUGCAAGCUGUUGGUGCAAUUGCAUCUUGCUUUGAUAAUGUUUUUCUUGCCACUAAACAGGAAAAUGUGGUCUAUGCAUCUUGGUCUAGAGUACAGGCUGAUUUGAACUGCAUGGAAGACCUACUUAGAAGUAAAGCACAGUGGCAUUAUUUAAUUAACACAUGUGGCAGUGACUUCCCUAUAAAAACUAAUGCUGAGAUUGUUAAGAUUCUAAAAAUACUAAAUGGCAAAAACAGUAUGGAGUCGUUAAAAACACCAGAAAAUAAAAAGUAUCGCUGGAUGUUUCACUAUGAUGUGAAUAUGUCUGUGAUAAGGACUAAUACAAAGAAAAGUCAACCACCAAUUACAACUCCAAUGUUUACUGGAAGUGCUUAUUUUAUCGUAACAAGAGAAUUUGUAAAACAUUUGUUUGUGGAUUCAGUUAUACAGGAACUAAUUGAGUGGGAGAAGGACACCUACAGCCCAGAUGAACAUCUCUGGGCUACACUGCAACGUAUGCCUGGAGUUCCAGGUUCAUACCAACAAAACAGUCAGUAUGAUACAUCAGAUAUGAUCUCAUUCGCUAGACUGGUGAAAUGGAUGCAGUCUGAAGGUGAUAUCAACAAGGGGGCACUUUAUACUCCAUGUACAGGUAUGCAUCGACAUGAUGUUUGUAUAUAUGGAGCAGGGGAUCUCCAAUGGAUUCUACAGAAUCGCCACCUAUUUGCAAACAAGUUUGACCUUACAGUGGACAGAAUUACAGUUGAGUGCCUAGAGGAAUAUCUGAGGCACAAAGCUUUUUAUGGAGAAGGUCUCUGAAGCAGUAAUUCUAAAGCACAGCUGACUAAACAGCACUCUUUAGUUUCAAAAUAAUAUAUAAUUUACACAAUGCAUGCAGGUUCUGGAAAGGUGCAGGCUUGUUUUUUUUAUAUUUUAUGCAGCAAUACAGGUGCCACAGAAGUGAUAUUUUGUGAAAACAAAGACAUGAAAGGAAUUAUCUGCUGGUACGUGAAAUUUCUCUGAAACUCACAUUAAGCAUGCGCGUACAUUUCAUGUCAUAAUCUGAUAUUACUGCAAAAACAGAGGUAUUGUAGUGUUUAAGCUUUGAGAAACAGAAGGUAUUAUGCUUGAAACAGUAAAUAAAUGUUAGUUUUUUUAAGGAUAAUGUUUUUUCUUGGUAUGAUGUUGGGUGUUUCAUUGUGGUACAGAGGAUAAUAGUUCAUCCAGCUUUGCUUAUGAAGUAUAUUGGUUAAGUGUCUCCCAAAAUAUUAGUAUUUCGUCUUGAACAGUGCAAAGGACCAGAAGCAGAUGCAUUUUAUUGAAUAAAGAUACAUAUUUUUCUAUCCCUAUCUUAUUUUAUAUUCAUUGCUAAAAAGAAUGCAAAAACUAUAAUUAGCAUGUAAACAUAUGUUGCUAAACAUCUCCUUUAACCACUGAAGUCAUGCAAAGAUAUAAAUGAUGAAUAUCACAAUACCAAAAGCAAGUGAAAUAUUUGAAAAACCUAAUACCAGAUGAGAAACUUAAAUUAUACAUUAUUAGUCCUACUUAAUUCUCACAUUACCCUAAGCGUGAACAUAAAAUCACAUAUAUUAGAUUGAAAAGCAGGUUGAUAGGGAGAAUAGAAAUAUAUGAGUACCUUCAAUGCCCUUUAUUGAGUAAUUCUACAUUUUCACAUAACAGUAGUAGAGGAGUUCUAUGAUGUACAACUAAACCUAAGAAACAUAAUAGUUUCCAUAGUCUACAGUGUAUUUUCAAAAACUACCUGCAGACCUGUAGUUAAAAUAAUGAUUACAUUACACAUCAGUUUAGCUGAAGGAUAUGAUAAAGAGCUGGAACUGCUAACAAACUUCAUCCUAUAAUUCUAGGUUUGUUUACAUCUUUCAGUCUCCUUUGCAUACUGUAUAAGUCUGAGCAAGCCACAUAGACAGAUAGUGUUUUCGGGUCAUGUAUAAAAAUAGGCCCUUUGUAUCUGGUAGUGACCUUCAUCCUGUAGUCCUGGGUUUGAUUUUUUCAACACCUGCUUGCAAACUGUGAAACUCUAAGCACAUCACUUAACAAGACAGUUUUCCUGGGACACUCCUGAAAGGGGUCUACUGACCCCAUAGACUCACCCAGUUAGGACAUAAAGAAAUUCAUUACUUAAGUAACAAUAAUACAUGUAUUCAUGCAUAUAAUAUCUACCUCAACUACAAGUCUAGUUGCAUCACCCUUGUAACAGUUAAACCCAUUUGGGAGCUGAUCUUGGCAACAUCCUUUGCCUUUUUUGUCUUCUUGAUAUAAGAUAUAUUUAAUAUUUAACCAGUAAAGCAUGAUGGGAUUUACAUUAUUAUUUUAACAGUUACUGAUGCAUCAUUAACUGUUGCUGUGCGAUUAGUAAAUCACAUCAGUUUAUAUACACAGGCUGUCUUUCUUUGAUUAUGCAAUCAGUUUGUGCAGUAUUUAUGUCACAAUAUUUUAUUGCUUACUUUAUA